GCCGUACUGAAUUCUCUCUCCGCCCUCCCCAGCCCUAGCACCUUGUUUUAUUUCUAGGCUUACUAGUUCGCCAUCUCGUUGCUUCAGUUAUGCCUGUCUCGUCGUGGCUUCUACUAUCGGCCCUGGCUUACUUGGUGUGGACCCUCAUCUGUCUUGAGGCCAACGCGCGUAAAGCCCGCUCCCUACAAGUGCCGGUGGUGCGGAUCCCGUUCAGCACGGGCAGCAACAUCUGGGUGCUUAUCCAGCCCCUUGUGUGGACGAUCCUGGGCUGGUGCGUACCGAUUCGAUGGAGCUCGUACCCAGAUUUCGUCCGUUUCUCGCAUCGGAACUGGCAGUUCCUCGAAAAGAGCAGCCCCACGGAGCGCUUCGGGCCAGUUUGGGCACUCGUAUCACCCGCUGGCAUCGGCCUAUACGUUACCGAUCCGGAUACCGCUGAAGAGAUCUUCUCGCGGUGGAAGGAUUUUGUGCGCCCGGUUCAUAAGUACGGUAUGCUAGCGUUCUAUGGGCCGUCUGUCUUCACGGUGGGGUUGGAUGACUGGCCCCGUCACCGCAAAGCCGUGGCGGCGCCGUUCAGCGAAGGGUUGAUGAAGUUGGUAUGGAAGGAAGCGCUGUGUCAGGCCGAGGGAAUGCUGCAUGACUGGACCACCAGACACCAAGGGAAAAUCCCGAGUCUUGAAGGAGAUCUACGGGCGCUUACGUUCAACGUACUCGCGGCGACGGCAUUCCAGGAACCUCACGGCAUGGAAGGAGGUACCACACGGUCGAAAGUCGGCACAGAGGCUACGGAGGCCUACCGAGACACGCUCCACAUCGUACUCGAAAACUCUAUCCUCCUGAUGCUAGUUCCCUACCGUCAUCUCACCGGGACCUUAGUACCCGAGAGCCUGGCCAAGAUCGGACGUGCGGCAGCGUCUUUCAAAUCCAUCCUGACGCAAAUCGCUUUAGAGGAGACGGCCGCGAUCGACUACGACGAUGCAGCGCCCGGUGGUCUGCUGACGCCGCUCGUGCGGUCUCUGAGCUCCCGGGCCAAGGCCCCUAGACGAACAGAGGACGUAGCUAGUAAAGCCAAGAGGAGAGGUCUGUCGGCCGACGAGAUUCUGGGAAACAUCUUCGCUAUCAACUUCGCCGGCCACGACACGGUCCUCAUCACUUUGACGUUCGCCUUGACCCUCCUGGCGGCGCAUCCUGACGUCCAGGAGUGGCUGUACGAAGAGAUCGCCACCGUCUUGGGGGGCCGCGGUCUAGGCGGGGGCGCAUUGGACUACGAUGAAUGGGACUACAACGUAUUCCCGCAGCUCAACCGCUGCCACGCCGUAUUCCUCGAGACGCUCCGACUCUUCGCACCCAUCACGGCCGUGCCCAAGAUGGCCGCCAUCUCGGGAGCAACAAGCCUUCAGGCCGGGGACCAGGCGGUACUGAUCCCUCCAGGGGUCGAAGUCUACCCGGCACUCCUCGGCAUCCAGACCGACGCGCGAUACUGGGGCGCUGAGCCCCACGAGUGGCGGCCGUCGCGGUGGAUCCUGCGCCCCGGAACGGUCGCCGAGGAGGAGCUGCUGGUCCCGCGGAAGGGCACCUUUUUCCCGUGGUCGGACGGCCCGCUGAACUGCGUCGGGAAGAAGUUCUCCACGGUCGAGGGCGUCGCCGUGCUGGCCCGUUUGUUUCACGGGCACCGGCUGCGUCUAGAGCAGGCAAGCGGCGAGACGGAGGUCCAGGCGAGGAAGAGGGCGAGAGAAUGUGCCGAGUAUGUGAAUUACAACCUGCUGCUCCGGAUGAACCACCCGGAGAGGGUGAGGCUGGUGUGCGUGAAAGGUGGAUGAUGAGACCAAGGGGCCUAGACAGCAUGGCUUAGACAGCAUAAGCACCAUCGCGUCAUUUUGUUCUGAUAUGGAGAGCACGCGGGGAAACGGAAGCAACGGAGGUGCAAAUCACUGCCUCCAGCUCCGAGAUAAGCCAGCCACCUACCCUACAUGAUAGCAAAAGGAAAUGCACGAUUUCACCCUCGUAACGUUAAGGUAUCGGGCCUUCUGUGAUAACCCGCCAAAUGUAUGCAUCAGAGAAUGGAGGCGUCGGGUUUGGUUGGUUACACCUUGCUUAUGCUGUGAGUAUAUAUGCCGGUAUGCUGUAUAACGAUGAUGGGAUACGACACCUAUAAUAUCUGAUGGGAGUGGUCUCCCUGUCUCGGCUGGGGAUUGGGACGAUUACCG